GAAAGCUCCCGGUCCUCUCACUUGUCCUUCCUGCUCCGCUCUUGUUUUCCCCCCCAGUCAGUCCCACAAGCAGCCGGGCGCAACUAGGAGAUCCCGCUGCCGUCUUGGACUUAUUUUCAAUCCAGAUCGGACACAUAAGAACAUCAAAGAAGAUGCUCUUCUUUCUGCUACCUGCCUUGGCUCUCUUGCUGAGCACAGAGACGGCGGUCUACGGCAUCAGUCACGAGAAAUGGCCGAGCACCGUGGCUCAGAACAACAAGGAUCGAUCCUGGAACAGAUUCAGAGAUGAAGCUGAGGAUGACUACUUCAAAAGCUGGGCUCCUGCCAAGUCUCUGGAUCAAGAGCGAGUGGCUGAACCUGGCAGAAUCCACGAUGAAGAAAUCCAAGCCCACUCUGCCAAGAAGACUGGACAGAAUGCUGCCUUCCCUUCCAUUUGGGUUUCCUCGGUAGCCUCCCCAGGCCCUGAUGCCACCAAGGACCCGUGUCUGAGGGUUCGCUGUCCCCCUCACAAGGUGUGCGUCAGCCAUGACUUCCAGACGGCCAUCUGCACCAAUCACAGGCAACCUACACACAGUGUGAAAGCUAGGAAAGGCAGUGUGGGCCACAAGCAUAGGCUUGAACCGGGACCUCACGGAAAAUGUACGCUCUGCUCAGCGUUCCAGUCAUCUCCUGUAUGUGGCUCCGAUGGGCACACCUACUCAUCCAAAUGUAAGUUGGAGUUUCAGAGCUGCUUGUCUGGGAAGACGAUCUCAGUUAAAUGUGAUGGACAGUGCCCCUGCUUACCUGGUCAGGAGUUCAGCAAACCAUCCCAUAAUACAGAAAAGGCUGGCUGCUCGGAUGCAGAGCUCCACAGUCUGGCUGCCAAACUGAAGGACUGGUUUGGAGUUCUCCACCUCGAUGCCAACAGAGACCUCAAAUCUUCUGACAGUUUUGACUCCACCACUGGACAUUUUGACACCAGCAUCUUGCCUAUUUGUAAGGAUUCGCUGGGUUGGAUGUUCAACAAGCUCGACAUGAACUUCGACCUGCUGCUGGACCAAUCAGAGCUGAACGCCAUCUACUUAGACAAGUAUGAGCUGUGCAUGAAGCCUCUCUUCAACUCCUGUGACUCCUUUAAGGACGGCAAGCUAUCCAACAACGAGUGGUGCUACUGUUUCCAGAAGCCUGAAGGUCUUCCUUGUCAGACUGAAAAAAGCAGGAUCCAGAAUCAGAGUCGAAGAAAGAGCCUCAUAGGCUCCUAUAUCCCUCGCUGCACCGAGGAGGGCUACUACAAACCAACCCAGUGUCACGGCAGCACCGGCCAGUGUUGGUGUGUGGACAAAUAUGGCAACGAGAUUGCUGGAUCCAGAAAACAGGGCAACCCUAACUGCGACGAGGACCCGGAGACAUCAGGGGAUUUUGGUAGCGGCGGCGCCGUAAUUCUCCUUGAUGACCAGGAGGAGGAGCCAUCACACAGUGAACGUAGCAGGCAGAAGAAGAGGCGGGGCCGGAUCCACCCCCGGGGAACUAUUGAGGACGACGAGGAUGAGGACGAGGACAAGGAUGAUGAAACUGGCUAUAUCUGGUAGCUUCACAACAUCAUUUUACUUUGCCAUCAGCCGACCAGAAAACUCUCUUAACUCCGCACAGAUCUGAAGCCAUUCCAACAUCUCUUCCUCCGGUUACCUUGGCAGCGGUGCAUCUUUUGACUCUAAACCUGCUCCUGUAAUCCCUGCAAUUUAUCCAAUCCUCUUUUUUUUUUCAGCGAACCUCAUACAAACUUUUUAUCUUCAAGUUCCACUCUUUUGUCAGAUAAAUAAAACAGAGCUGAUAAGAUUUAAACAAAACUGUCAAGCCCCUGCAAGAAAUGUGCCCAACAUUGUCCACUUUCUGCUUUUACUCACUCUUCAAUCCCUCCGGUUUCAAACCCUUCAAAUAUAGAUACUUUAUUUUAUUUGAAUUUUUUUUUUUUUUUUUUGCCCUGUUCCCAUCCUCCUUCUCUCCUGUUGUUGUGAGUAUCGGUGUCUGUGGUCAGUCUGUAAGCCCAGAUGCAUUAGCUGAUAUAUUGGAUGUAAAUAUGUUUCCUCCAGGAAGGCUUGAUUGUGGAUUCUCUUCCCUGUUGUUUGUUUGCAGCUUAUUUUCGUGUUCUGUGUUCCACCGCUGGGCACCCUACGGUGUUUUCUGCAAAUUGCUGCCAGUUUAAAGCUCUGAGAUGUCCCAACACCACCAAUAACACCCUGCCUCCUCUUCUCUCUUUCUCUCUCUCUCUCUCUCUCUGUUAAUUCUUGGAGGAUUGUAAAUUAUUUGUUGACAUUGAUUUUAUUUUAUUUUUUUGAAUGUGUCCAGAAAGCCCAGGAAACAAUGAGAUUAAUGAUGUAUUGUUGUUGUUGUUGCAUGUUUCUCAUCUUGUACCUGUAAAAGAGAGAUUUACCUGGCCAGGUCCAGCUCUAUGCAUCUCAAACUGAAAGUGAUGCCUAUUUUGGCUGCUACAAUACUUCGCUGUUGCUAUGUUGAUGCUGUCUAGUGUCCUUUCGGUUCUUCUCCCAAUCUCAGGAGGUAUGAAUUUGUACUGCAGAGAGUUAGCGGGCCUGGAGUGCAAAUCUGUAUGCUUUGGCCCUCCGGUAUGUGGCUAAAUGGUCUGUAGGGCUGCUGAGGCCUUUUACCUGUGCAUGGACACUAGAUGAGGUAGCUGCUCCUGAGCUGGGAGGACAUAUGACGUCCAGUGGAGACGAGAGUCUGCUCUGCCUCCCAACAUUGGAUAUGUUCAGUGAAUUCAAAUCAACUGCGUGAACUUUUAUUUAUUUUAAAAUUUAAGUAAAGUGGCACCUUGAGUGUCUUUUGAACCUUA